AUGACAUGGUCCCCACCACCAAGAUUUUUGUUUAAAAUAAAUGUUGAUGGUGCAGUAGAUAAAGCUAAUGGGAAGGCAGGUGUGGGUGUGAUUAUCAGAGAUGAAUUGGGUAGGGUGGAGGUUGCAAUGUGCAAAAACUUGGAUGCACCCCUAGGUGCCAUUGAAACCGAAUCCAAGGCUAUUGAGGCAGGGUUGUUGUACGCACUAGAUAUUGGUAUUCGAGACAUUGUAGUGGAAAGUGACUGCUUGCUCAUGAUCCAAGCUCUGAAAGGUACAACUACUCCUCCAUCCGUGGUCUCAGCUGUAACACAAGGCAUUCUGGAUCUCAACAUAGGCUUCAAUAGGGUGGAAUUUUCCCACGUUAAAAGACAAGGAACAGGCCGGCUCAUGUGUUAG